AUGUUCACUUCGUACAACCUCGAGGAUAAGUCUGGCGGAUCCUACCGCAUUCCCAAGCUCAAUAUGAAGAAAUCCAGAUUCGGGUGUCAGCGGUGCAAAACUCGUCGCGUCAAAUGCGAUGAGGCCAAGCCCAAGUGCCAGAACUGUAAGCGACACGGGGCAACCUGCGUCUAUCUUGGUGCGCAACCUAAGAGACAAACCCCCAAGGGGUCCCAUUCUGGCGCCACGUCUUACAGCGACCUGUGUAAAUCCGACGUAGACUUGGUUGACCCACCGGAGUCGCGAGAACGACGGCUCCUGGAGGCAAGGCUCAUGUGCCAGUAUGUCCGCAAGACUGCAGAAUCCAUCAGCAUUGAUGACUUCUCCCGGUCGGUUUACACCAAGGCCGUUCUAGAGCUCUGCUUCCAGAACGACGCAAUGCUCUAUGGCAUGUAUUCCAUGGCCGCGCUCGAUCAAGCACGCUGCAGCCAAGAAGAUGACACUGUGGCUUCCUUGGACAUCCACCGAAGAUACCUUUCAAUGGCGCUCAGGCACCACCAGAACGACCUAGGCAACAUUACCACCGACAACAUUGACGCUAUUUGCGUGACAUCCUCGAUAUUCCGGGCAUUCGCUUUUGGCUUACUUCAGCAUCGUACCCUGCAGCCGUACAGUCCACCAAUCGAAUGGCUCACGCUUGCGAAAACAGCGGUUGCCGUGUUCACCGAGGCCUAUGACAUUGUCAAAGAUAAGCCAAAUUCCAUAGCCUGGCAAUGUCUUAAGCAGGUCACGACCUUUGAAGUACCCAAAGCCAGUAGCGAGCGAGGGUAUGAGGACCUUAAGUACCUAUUACAGCGGGAUGCCGAAGACGCCAGAACGGAAGCUUGGGACGACGAAGUGCGGGAGGCGUAUGAAUGGGCUGUGCGGUUUUUCGGGGACUUGAGAGGUGCAGCUCAGAGUGGAAUGGAGGAGGGGCAAAUAUGCAGGAGACUAAUUAUUUUCCCCAUGUUCAUGCACGACCGGCUUGUGGGACUGAUUCGCGAUGCGGAGCCGAGGUCCCUGGUUCUACUUGCGCACUACUUUGCUUACCUGGUCUCCUUCGAGCACAUCUGGUGGAUUGGAACUGCCGGGGUGCAGGAGCACUUCUUCCCUCAAAAUCCGUCCUUUAGCUACGAGGCCAUGAGGGCGGCCGGUGUCUGCAAUUUCGGGGGCGCGGAUUUGGGCGAAGUCAUCUCCAUCUGUUCGCGCAUACCGUCCGGCAAUGAGGAUCGUUGGCUUCAAGAGUGGCGGAGCGCUGCUGAUCGAGCGGCUACCAAUGCACGCAUCAGCUUAUCAAAAGGGAAUAAGCCCGGUGCCAGGGAUGCGUUUCUGCGCGCGUCAAACUACUAUCGAACCGCCGAGUUCUACCGUCGCGAGGACCCAGUCAACGACGAAUUAUCGAAGACCUUGUCAGAAUUGUGCUCGGCCAUGUUUUUCUCCGCCGUUGAACAGAUGCCGUACACCUUGGAGAAGGUCAGCAUUCCGUAUGAAGGCACGACUCUUCCGGGUAUCUUUGUACGAUCCAACAAAGCUCAGACCCCGGCCCCAACGCUCAUACUCAACGGGGGCUUUGACUCUGUCAAGGAAGAAGUUUGUUUAACCUUUGGCGCACCAGCGCUAGAGCUCGGUUUCAAUGUUCUGGCGUUUGAUGGUCCAGGACAAGGCGAAGCUUUGCGGCAGCAGAAGUUAGUUUUUAGGCAUGAUUGGGAGAAAGUCAUUACACCAGUGAUGGACUACACCCUUUCACGGCCAGAUGUGGACCAAACCAAAGUAUUCUUGUAUGGCAUUAGUAUGGGCGGUUACUUGGUGCCAAGGGCAGUUGCCUACGAGCACCGUGCUGCGGCCAUAAUUCUGAAUGAUGGCAUUUACGAUUUUGGCAGCGCUUUUCGCAACCAGUCAUUUGGCAUUGGAAAAUUUCUGGCCGAUAAUCACUGGGAUGCUACUUUCAAGACCCUUGCACGCUUGAUCAUGAGACGGAAUACGGGAUUCAAGUGGGCUCUGUUGAACGGUCAAUGGGUGUACGGACUGCCCGAAGCUGGGAUACUGCGCGAGUCGGACAAGUACACUCUUGAGGGAAUCGUGGGAAAUAUCAAGACACCGGCGCUUAUACUAGAUGCCCCAGAUGACCAUUUCUUGAAAGGGCAGCCCGAGGAAUUAUACAAAAGACUGGAGUGCGAGAAGACCCUUGUUCAGUUAACUAGGGACGAAGGAGCAAGUUUACAUUGCCAUAUUGGCUCGGCUGCAAGGCUUAAUCAAGUAGUCGGCGACUAUUUGAUGGAGCGCAUAUCGUAG